AAUUUUACAUAUAAAAUGUAUAAAACCAUAAGACACGGUGAAAAUAGUCUGCAAUAUACAAUUUUGCCGCAAAAUGAUGAUUUUCGAAUUGAGGGUAAAUUAUCCAGUGCUGGCAGUAGUUGCAGUUCCAGUAAUAACGGUACUAAAAAAUCUAAAGGCAAGCGGCCAAAGCGACGUUCGUUCUUUGCCUAUUUAGGUUUGAUAUUCGUAUGUACAGUGAUUGUGGGAGCAGUACUUAUACCCUUUCUAGUCUCUACAGAAUGUUUACCAAGUCCAACUGAAUGGUUUUUAAAAACUAAAGCGGCUAUUAUUAAAAAUGUUAAUGGCAUCGGUAAUGGCAGUAGAAAUUAUAACACAGCCAAAACAAAUAAAAUAAAUACAAAUGCUAAUGCUGAUGUUGAUGCUGAUGCUGAUGCUAAUAAUAUUAAUAUGAGAAAUGGCAUAAGUUUGGGCAAACCAGUUGAAAUUGUCAAUAAGGACGGUGUAGAACGUAUUAUACUUAAAGUGAAUAAAACGCGACAUAAUGAACAGCGGCUCAACAGCAGUGCAAGCAAUAAUUACACUAUGCCUACUCUUGCAACACUGGAUCAAGCGAUGAGUAAUACAGUUUUAACUGUCAUAAAUGAUAAUGUCAAAGAUACUUUAACUGGCAGCGCUACAGUAUCAAGCAUCAGUAACAAUGGCGAAGCAGCUCGUGCAGGAUCCCAAAACGGAAUUAUUGCAACUAAUGACAAUGUACAAUAUGCUGAAGCAUAUAAUAGCUCAGCAAAAUCAAACGGCCGAAAUGAUGCAGCUCAAAGCUUUGGCAGCAGCAUUGGCAGCAGCCAAAAAACAUCAGUGAAACAAAAUUAUGUCACUGAGCUCCGUUUCGAUGCAGUACCUGCUGACGAACGUGAGAAGGCGCCCAGCCCAACUAAAAUAGUAAUUACAACUAUAAAGGAUGAGAACACGAAUACCAACAACAACCAACACAACGAUGAAGUGAACAAUAAGAACGAACCGUUGCCUGUCCAAAAUACUUUUAAUAUACGCAUACGUCCAACUUUAGCAAUAUCAACUUCAAGCAUUAAUUUACCACCGCGAGCCUCUAUCAACUCUAAUCAAAAUAAUCAGUACAACAAUUCAAAUAGCAUACCAACUAUCACCACACGUAUCAUCCAGGUGCCAUUACUCAAAUCAGCCGCAAAGAAACCCAUAAUACCGCCCGUCUUGGUUAAAACAAAUUCACAAUUAAUCCUGAACAACAACAAGAAUCUACCAACAAACAACAGGAAUCUACCAACCGAUGAGAAUAACAACUUAGUUGAUCCACCGAAUAGCAAACAUUCACAGAACUCUGAUUGGAUUGGUUCGCAUUGGCCAUUCGUUGAUCCAUCUACAUAUAUUCAAUGGGCUGGUUACAAGGCCGAGGAUAGCGUUUUACUACCAGCUCUCCUUGGUUUUGCUCUAAUUGGCGUGAUUCUAAUAAUUGCCGUGUGUUUAGUGGCACGCAAUAAGCGCACAAUAGUCUCCUCGGUACGCAAACGUAAUCGCAAUGACAUUGAAGAAACUGGAGCUGAGGACAACAAAACUCUUCUAACAACUGCAAAUCUUUCCGAUGAAGAUUAAGCAAAUAUUUUAAAUAAAUUAUGAAAACUUUAUUAUUAUUUAUUUUGAAAACUCUAUAUACUCAGUAUUAAUAUAUAUUUUUUAUUAUCCUAUAUAUUUAGGAUGCAACAAGGAUUUAUUUUUAUAAUAAUUCAGG